CACACAUAUACAUUCACAUUUCACAUUACUAAUCUCUCAAGAUUUCACAAUUUUCUUGUGAUUUUCUCUCAGUUUCUUCUUUCGUUUCAUAACAUGGAUACCAUGAGUAGCGUAGACGAGAGCUCUACAACUACAGAUUCGGUUCCGGCGAGAAAGUCAUCGUCUCCGGCGAGUUUACUAUACAGAAUGGGAAGCGGAACAAGCGUGGUUCUUGAUUCAGAGAACGGUGUCGAAGCAGAAUCAAGAAAGCUUCCUUCUUCAAGAUUCAAAGGUGUUGUUCCUCAACCAAAUGGAAGAUGGGGAGCUCAAAUUUACGAGAAACAUCAACGCGUAUGGCUUGGUACUUUCAACGAGGAAGACGAAGCAGCUCGUGCUUACGACGUCGCGGCUCACCGUUUCCGUGGCCGUGACGCCGUUACUAAUUUCAAAGAAACGACGUUAGUUAACGGUAACGACGAUGACGAGGUUGAUUUCUUAAACGCACAUUCGAAAUCAGAGAUCGUAGAUAUGUUGAGAAAACACACUUACAAAGAAGAGUUAGAGCAAAGGAAACGUAAUCGUAACGGUAACGGAAACAAGACGACGGAGUUUGGUUCCGUUACCGUGGCGGUUAUAACGGGGUUUAAAACGUCGGAGUUACUGUUUGAGAAAACGGUAACGCCAAGUGACGUCGGGAAACUAAACCGUUUAGUUAUACCAAAACACCAAGCGGAGAAACAUUUUCCGUUACCGUUAGGUAAUAAUAACGUCUCCGUUAAAGGUAUGCUGUUGAAUUUCGAAGACGUUAACGGAAAAGUGUGGAGGUUCCGUUACUCUUAUUGGAAUAGUAGUCAAAGUUAUGUGUUGACUAAAGGUUGGAGUAGAUUUGUUAAAGAGAAGAGACUUUGUGCCGGUGAUUUGAUCAGUUUUAAAAGAUCUAACGGUCAGGAUCAAAAGUUGUUUAUUGGGUGGAAAUCGAAAUCCGGAUCCGGGUCGGAUCUAGAAACGGGUCGGAUUGUGAGAUUGUUUGGGGUUGACAUUUCCUUAAACGACGACGUUGUAGUGAAGGAAGCAACGGAGAAGAUUUCUCAGUCUCGUUCUUUAUUUAACGGCGAUAAAUUAACGCCGUCGAGAUACUUCGCCGGAGCUCCGACCAACUUCUUCUCUUUCCCUCUCUCAGUCAAUAAGAAAUCAUCUUCUCUGAGAAUUAAAAGGAUUCAACAACUUCAAAGUACAUUAGAAGAUAGAAUAAAUCCACCUCUAGUAUGUGGAAGAGUAUCGCCUCGUCUUCGUGUUCCUGAUCAUAUACCAAAGCCUCAAUAUCUUGAGUCUAGCAAAGUACCAAUGAUAUCAAGUGAGUUACAGAUUCCUGACUCUAAUGGCAUUGUGAAAAUGAAGAAAGCGUGCGAGCUCGCGGCUCGUGUGUUAGACUAUGCAGGAACUUUGGUUAGACCGUUUGAUACUACAGAUGAAAUUGACAAAGCAGUGCAUCAGAUGGUUAUUGAGUCUGGUGCUUAUCCUUCACCUCUUGGUUAUGGUGGGUUUCCGAAAAGUGUGUGUACAUCGGUUAAUGAAUGUAUGUUUCACGGGAUUCCCGAUUCUCGUCCGUUACAGAAUGGAGAUAUAAUAAACAUCGAUGUUGCGGUUUACUUGGAUGGAUAUCAUGGAGAUACGUCAAAGACUUUCUUAUGUGGAGACGUCAAUGAAAGCCUUAAACAACUUGUGAAGGUGACAGAAGAAUGCUUGGAGAAAGGUAUAUCGGUUUGUAAAGAUGGAGCAAGCUUCAAACAAAUCGGGAAGAUAAUCAGUGAGCAUGCUGCAAAGUAUGGCUAUAAUAUGGAGCGUUUCAUCGGUCAUGGUGUGGGAACGGUAUUACACUCGGAACCUCUUAUAUAUCUUCAUAGUAACUAUGAUUAUGAACUUGAAUAUAUGAUUGAAGGUCAAACUUUUACGCUCGAACCAAUUCUUACCAUUGGAACCACCGAGUUUGUAACGUGGCCAGACAAAUGGACAAUUGUGACAGCAGAUGGUGGUCCGGCCGCACAGUUUGAGCAUACAAUUCUUAUUACCACAACUGGUGCAGAAAUUUUAACCAUUUCAUGAACUAUAUUACAUCAUUAACCAUUUAAAAAGUGAAAAAAGUAAUUUAUCUGAUUAUUCUUUUCUUUCUCCGAAUUCAUGUUAUACAUCAAUACAUCAUACUUCAUACA